AUGCUGCACUUGAUCCAAUUUUACGGUCACGUUAGAAAAUAUCAGGAUGAGCAGGGGAAAUCCAACACCGUCUGGGAAGGUGGAGAAAUCGUCAAGGCCGUAGCUUUUGAUGUUCCAAUCCCUGGUUAUGCUACUCCAGCCACCAACAACUUACGUCUUUGGUCUAGCAAGGCUGCUAGCGGUGAAUUCGACUUCCAAAAGUUUAACAGUGGUGACUAUGAGAGUUCGGUAGCCGAUCAACAACGUGCCGAGACUAUCAGUGCUGUUUUAUACCCCAACGAUAACCUCGAACGUGGAAAGGAGCUUCGUCUAAAGCAACAGUAUUUCUGGGUAGCCGCCUCUUUAUACGAUAUCGUUCGCAGAUUUAAGAAAUCCAAGCGUGCCUGGAAGGAAUUCCCGGAUCAAGUUGCCAUUCAAUUGAACGAUACUCAUCCAACUCUUGCAGUUGUGGAACUUCAACGUAUCCUUAUUGAUCUUGAAGGUCUUGAAUGGGAUGAGGCAUGGGGAAUCGUUACCAAGACUUUUGGUUACACGAAUCACACUGUUCUUCCUGAAGCUCUGGAAAAAUGGUCUGUUCCUCUCUUCCAGAACUUACUCCCCAGACAUCUUCAAAUUAUUUAUGAAAUCAACUUGUUCUUCCUACAAAGUGUGGAACGUAAGUUUCCCGGAGAGAGAGAUUUACUUGGCCGAGUCUCCAUCAUCGAAGAAUCUCAACCAAAGAUGGUUCGCAUGGCUUUCUUGGCUAUUGUUGGUUCUCACAAGGUUAAUGGUGUCGCUGAACUUCACUCUGAUUUGAUCAAGACUACUAUUUUCAAGGAUUUUGUGAAGAUCUUUGGCCCUGACAAGUUCACUAAUGUCACCAAUGGUAUCACACCUAGAAGAUGGCUUCACCAAGCCAAUCCUAGAUUAUCUGAGUUGAUUGCCAGUAAGCUUGGUGGUUACGAAUUCCUCAAAGAUCUUACUCUUCUGAACAAGAUCGAAGCAUUCGCUGAUGAUAAAGCGUUUAAGAAAGAGUGGCAGGAGAUUAAGUACGCCAACAAAGUUCGAUUGGCUCAACACAUCAAGACAACUACUGGUGUCACCGUUAACCCAGCUGCGUUGUUUGAUAUUCAAGUCAAGCGUAUACACGAGUAUAAGCGUCAACAAAUGAACAUUUUUGGUGUCAUUCAUAGAUACUUGACUAUCAAAGCCAUGAGUCCACAAGAGCGUAAGAAGUUGGCACCACGUGUUUCAAUCUUCGGUGGAAAAGCAGCUCCAGGUUACUGGAUGGCGAAGACGAUCAUUCAUCUUAUCAACAAAGUGGGCUCUGUUGUUAACAACGACAAGGAUGUUGGAGAUCUCCUAAAGGUCAUUUUCUUGGAAGACUACAAUGUAUCCAAGGCUGAGAUGAUCUGCCCGGCAAGUGAUAUUAGUGAGCAUAUCUCGACAGCAGGCACAGAAGCUAGUGGAACCUCGAACAUGAAGUUUGUGUUGAACGGUGGUUUGAUUAUUGGUACUUGCGAUGGUGCUAAUAUCGAGAUUACUCGUGAGAUUGGAGAGAACAAUAUCUUCCUCUUCGGUAACUUAGCCGAGGAUGUUGAUGAUCUUCGCCAUGCACAUACUUAUGGUUCUACCCAACUUGACCCUGAUCUUCAGAAAGUCUUCGAGGCCAUCCAAAGUGAUACCUUUGGUGAUGCUGGUGCAUUUGGUGCUCUGAUUGCUGCUAUUAAAGAUCAUGGUGAUUAUUACCUCGUAUCCGAUGACUUUAAUAGUUACAACCAAACUCAAGCAUUGGUGGAUGAAGCUUAUAAAAAUCAAGAUGAGUGGACAACAAAGACCAUUACUAGUGUGGCUAGAAUGGGUUUCUUUAGCAGUGACAGAUGUAUAAAUGAGUAUGCGGAAUCGAUUUGGAAUAUUGAGCCAUUGAAUGCGGAGAUGGAGGGAACUGCUGGCUCGAAGAAUUAG